AUUAGACCAAACCUAAACAAAGAAGUCAAAGGCAUUUGACCAUAUAAAAAAGAGUUAUGCUUCUCCUCUCCGUCACUCCCUUUCCCUCUCUCAAAAACCCUGAAUAAUUCUCAUUUCCCCUCUAUUUCCCAAAUUGUUAUUAGCAUUUUCUUUUCACAUGAUCCAGACCAGAUUAAGAUGACACAACCGUCGGUCAUACUAGCAACCGCCAGCUAUGAUCACACUAUUCGAUUUUGGGAGGCAAAAAGCGGCCGCUGUUACCGUACUAUUCAAUACCCCGAUUCUCAAGUUAAUCGGCUUGAAAUAACCCCAGACAAGCGCUACUUGGCUGCAGCUGGUAAUCCUCACAUUCGUUUGUUCGAUAUUAAUUCCAGCAGCCCUCAACCUGUAAUGAGCUAUGAUUCGCAUACAAAUAAUGUUAUGGCUGUAGGAUUUCAAUGUGAUGGAAAGUGGAUGUAUUCUGGUUCUGAGGAUGGCACUGUAAAGAUUUGGGAUUUAAGAGCUCCUGGUUGCCAAAGGGAAUAUGAAAGUCGUGGUGCAGUUAACACCGUUGUCUUACAUCCAAAUCAGACCGAGUUGAUAUCUGGUGACCAGAAUGGUAACAUUCGUGUAUGGGAUUUGACAGCUAAUUCUUGCAGCUGUGAAUUGGUGCCCGAGGUUGAUACAGCUGUGAGGUCUCUUACAGUCAUGUGGGAUGGAAGCUUGGUAGUUGCUGCAAAUAAUCAUGGUACCUGUUAUGUUUGGCGCCUAUUAAGAGGAAACCAGACUAUGACCAACUUUGAGCCACUUCACAAGCUACAAGCACAUAAUGGAUACAUACUCAAAUGUCUCCUUUCUCCCGAGUUUUGUGAACCCCAUAGAUAUUUGGCUACUGCAUCUUCUGACCACACUGUCAAGAUAUGGAAUGUCGAUGGCUUCACAUUGGAGAAAACAUUGAUAGGACAUCAGCGCUGGGUAUGGGACUGUGUUUUCUCUGUGGAUGGUGCAUAUCUCAUAACAGAAAUGGUUAAGCUGCUCCAUCCUUGGGUUUCCAAGCCUAAUCCAUGGUUCCCUUCCAAGAUCAAAGAAAAGAUAUUCAUAUACCAUCUUAGGCUCCCCCCCCCCCCGGCCCCGUUUUGCUCUCUAUUUCUGUUCAAUUGGAGCCAUUUUGGUUGAAUUGUGGAACUUUAAUGCCAUUGGUGAUCUUUUCAUGCAUUCAUAAUUGCGGAUCAGGGAAUGACAGACAUGGCGAUUGGCCACCCUAAAUCCAUUAUGAAAUGGCUGUUACAUUGCUCUAAAAUGUUAAAGAUUUUCUUUCUUCUUCUA